GUUCGUGUUCGGUCGCGCGUUAUUCGUGUGUUUGUGAGAGAGAGAGAGAGAGAGAGAGAGAAAGAAAGAAAAAGAAAGAGAGAGAGAAAUAGAGAUAGUAGUCACCCGCCAACAAAUAAGGGAAAGGUACUACUUAAUCGCAUUAGUAGUCCUUUCCCUACAAGUAUUUUCUAUCUCGAUCGUCAAUUUUCUAUUUUAUAUUGACGAAGAGAAGAUAUCGAACGGAAAAGGAGAAAAAAAGAAGAAAGAAAAAUAAGAGAAGGAGAGAAGAAAAGGUCAUCGUUUUUAGAGAAACUGAAAUGGCAUCAGCGGUCUCCUGUCGCGUAAUGUUCCUAGCGAGAUGGUGCGACGUUUCGACACGCGUAUUCACGGUCUCAUCUACGGCUUUAAUUACAUCACGUCAUUUUCGACACGAGACAUGGUGUAAAAGAUGGUGGCACUUUUCGCAAAGGAACAUAUCGAUAACAGCGAGAUCGUUCGAACCGAAUCUAACUACGAUUCUCAUGAAAAAUACUCAAGCUUCGACCGCUACGAAGGACACAAGAGAAAAUACAUCCACGACAUCCGUCACUGAACCAUCUGCUUUCGGAGCACGGAGUGACGGAAAAAAGAGAGAAAGAGAUCGAAAGAGUCCGAUAGAGAACUACAACAAACGGCUUUCCACGCCGUCGACGAGAAUGUUUUUUCAAGUUCGAAACGUUACCGUGACAUAUCAGAGGGGACUGCCAAAUAUUACUUUACCUCUGCCAUCGAGAAAGGAACGCUGCGUAUUCACAUUGAAGCCAAUAACAUGUACCGUCGGUGACUUCCUCGAUAUGAUUAAAUUCGAGGAUCGUGGUGUCGAUCGAGCGAUCGUUACGACGAUAGAUGGUACCCGAAUAGGUUCGAGCAACACCAUAGAAAAUCUUUUGCAAGAUGAUUUUAAAUUAAUAAUAAACGAUGCCGAAUACACGGUACAACCUCCUAUAUAUCAGAAACAUACCAUGGAAGACAUGCAGAAGCUUUCGGACGUGCAAAUAUUGGUGGGCCAACUUUACGAAACCCUACAGGUACGUGAAUACCAUGCCGACAUGGAGAGACAAGUUUUGGCAGAGUUGGAAGCUAUCAAACUGGAGUUAGAACCUUACGAAGAGAAACUGCAGGAGCUGGAAAAUGCAGCUAUGAGAAGAGCGAAUCUCAAUGCUUGGAUAUGGUUAGUGUUGAUGUCCAUGCACGCCGGUGGUUUUGCAAGACUAACGUGGUGGGAAUAUUCAUGGGACAUCAUGGAACCUGUCACUUAUUUCGUUACUUAUGGAACUGCUGUGGGCUGGUUCAUUUAUUUCCUUCUGACGCAGCAGGAAUACGUACUACAGGACGUAGUGAACAGACGGCGUUUGAUAGAACUUCACAAAAGAGCAAAACAGGUCGGACUAGAUUUGAACGCGUACAAUCGAUUAAAGGAUCGUGCAUACGAAUUGGAGGGUACACUGAAAGUGAUUCGUGGUCCUUUAUACGAAAGAAAACUCGAGAUGAAACAAAAGAGAAUAAGAUAUACCUCGAGCAGCUCAAGAUCGCCUAGUUCCUCGCCUAGUCCAAGUCCAAGUCCUAGUCCUAGUCCUAGUCCUAGUCCUGAAAGAGACGUUCCUAGAACGUCAACAGCAAAGAUCGACAAAAGAGAAACAUCGAAGACACUCGAGUACGAUAAGUUUAGAUAAGUUUUUGAUUCCAGUUACGAAUCAAACAGGUCAAUCACCGACGUAAGAACGUCAACGAUUGUUGUUUUCUUGUGAACUGUAAAAAUUAAUCUUAUUGAGGAGGAAGAGGAAGAAGAAGAUGAAGAAGAAAAAGAAGAAAAAGAUUGAAACUAAAGGAAAAGAGAAAAUGAGAGGAAAAAAAAAAGAAAAAAGAUCAAAUACUCUUGAGUGAUUAAUAAACUAGCUCGGUCAAAUUAUCAGGACGAGUACCUCUAGGAAAUUGAGAAGCUGAGUACGAAGAUAUUUACGUGAUUAUUCAAGUUCUUUUUUUUUUCUUUUUUAUUAUAUUUUUUUUAUAUAUAUAUGUGUGUGUGUAUGUGUAUAUGUGUAUGUAUAUAUGUGUAUAUAUAUAUAUAUAUAUAUAUAUAUAUAUAUAUAUAUAUAUAUAUAUAUAUAAAAGAGAACUUAAUCGACUAGAAUCUUCGUCGCAGUCUUCCGUGUCCGAGCCGUAUAUAUAUUGACGACGUUCCUCAUCUCAACGACUUUAAUAUAUAAUAAUAAUAAUUAUUAUUAUUAUCAUUAUUAUCAUUAUUAUCAUUAUUAUCAUUAUUAUUAUUAUUAAUAUUAUUAUUACUAUUAUUAUUAUUAUUAUUAUUAUUAUUAAGAAGAGGCCUGCACUUUGCUGUAUAUUAUCGGUUGUGAUAGAUUCAAAGGAAAUAAUAAGGAUGAAAAUGAAUAGAAAGAAAUCGUACGCGAUGGUGUCUUCCGUGUUUUUCGUCUCCGCCGUGAUUAAUCUAACUUGUGUAAGUCGAAACGAUUAUGCUGUAAAUUCGCAUAAUCGACGGACUAUUCUUUCACGAUGCAUCGAAAUCUCUAUUAAAUUUAAUCAACCGUAACCGGAAGAUUCGUUUAAUAUUUUAACUUCUAAUUCGAUCGCUGAAACGAGCCAGCUUUUUAAUGUAAUUAUUUUUGUGAAUUUUAUAAAACAUAUAUAUCUGUAUAUGUAUGUGUAUAUCUAUACACACGCACGCAUAUAUAUAUGUAAAUAUUCUUUUAAUUUCGUACAAUUGUAAAACGAAAAUUUAACGAUUUUAUUCUCUAAAUAUAUACAAGUUACAAUUUUAAAUGUAUUAGACGAGGAUCGACGAUCAGCUUAUAUGCUUGAUAUGUGAUAAUCGUCACGUCAUUGAGAAUUACACGCUUAUGUUCCUAUAGGUUUUUAACUUGAUUAAACCGCGAUGAUUCUCAUUUGCUGAUCGUCGAUCAAUGACGAUGUAAAUCAAUGAAGACACUACGAAUUUCUGUAAAGCGAUCUCACACGCCUAAAUAACUAUGUUAAAUGUAUGUACUUACCUAUAUAUAUAUACACACACACACACACACGCGCGCGCACACUCACGGCCACAAACACACAUACACAUACACUUUUUAUCGAAUGACGACACCUUCUUUCUUUCUUCGUUCUAUUUUCUUUUUCUCUUCUUUCUUUUCCUUGUCGUUUCCGCGCACCACGUUGAUAUUUAAUAAAAAGAAAGAGGUGUUAUAUGAAAUUGUUGAUAAUUAAACGUAUAUCCGUUAUUUAUAAAUAUUAAACGUUAAUGUUAGUAUCGCGCGCGCCAUUACACGAUAAGAAUACAAAGCUUCGUAUUUGAUUAUCGAACAUACGAAAUCUGAUUAUUAUUUCUCUAACUAUCGUUAUAUCCUAUUCUUGUUCCAAGUGACAAAAUGAAAAGUACAUAUUGCCGUUUGUAUGGAUUACAUCUAUGUCAUUAACUAUCCUAUAACAUUCUGGAAUAUUUUCCAUGAAAGUAUCGUACGUAUGACUAAACGUUGAAAGUAGAUUACUAUUAGAAUCUCUAAGGAACUUUUUCUCGCUUUCGUAAAAGUCUCCUCCUAACAUUCUAUCCGUCCGUAAUCGUGAAGUCACUACCGUGAAAUACGGUGGGAUCACUCAUAUUAACGUUUCUCUCUCUUUCUCUCUCUCACUCUCUCUCUCUCUCUCUCUCUUUCUCUUUCUCUCUUUCUCUCUUGUUGGAAAAAAAUAAGAAGAAGAGGAAAUAAUUACGCCCCCCCGUUGUACUUAUUUAACAGAGUAAUGUAUGUAACGAAGAGCUGUGAUUAUUUUAUCAUUCUUCUUAAUCGAAAGUAUAAAUAAUUUUCUCCAAACUUUUACCUCGACGAUGCAAUACGGCAAUAUGAUUAAUUAUCUCUUUCGCUGAAAUUAUUGUUGUUGUUAUUAUUAUUAUCUUUUUUUUUCCUUUUCUCUCUCUCUCUCUCUCUCUCUCUUUCUUUCUUUUUUCUUUUUAUUUAAUUAAGAAAUUGUUAUUCAGAGACGAGAUUGAUGAAGCGAGUGAAUCGUUGACGAAAGAUCGAUCUAUCAAUCGAUCGUCCGUGACGGAAAUCAUCCAUCUGUCAAGCUGCUAUUAUAAUUCUAUUAAUCUUUCCUAAUUAUUCUAAUCCUAUAAAUCGCUUGAAAAAGAAAAGAAAGAAAAGAAAGGGAUGAAAUAAAUAAUAGAUCAUCCGCUCCUUUUUAUAUGCACGUCCCUCUAUUAGACUCAUGUUAUAGACACGUUUUGGCACGGGAUUGAGAAAGAAAGGAAGAAAAAAAAAAGGAGAAAAGAAAAAAAUAUCAAUGAACGAUGAGAACAAAAUAAUUACGAUUUUACAGGCGAAUAAACGUAGGGGCUUUGCAAAGAAAAAAAAAAAUAAUAA